AUUUAAAAAGUUAUAAAAAAAGAUAUUCUAAAAAAAGAGGAUUAAAAAAAUUGGAUUGUUAUUAUGAAAAUAAACUAUUCAAUAAAUUUCUUCAUCUGUAUGAAAUUGCACAAAAGAUAAAGAAUGAAAAAAAGCGUUCGAAAUAUUUUUUUUUUAAAAAGUAUGAUAUUGUUCUCUUUUUACUUUCAUUACUCCCGGUUAUUGGAUUAAUACAUCCAAUAUUAUUUGGGCUUAGUCACAAAUAUCCAGGUAUAUUAGGUGCAUGCGAAGAGAGCCAUAUUGAAACUAAUUAUUAUACUGGAUUAGCUUACAUGAUAGUUUCAUUAAUUAUAGUGAGUGUUGUUUUAUUUGUUGUUAUUUAUAUCUUGCUAAAAUUAAUAAAAUAUCAAAGAUUAAAAUCUGGAAGGGGCAAAAUGAAUAUAAAUCAAUAUUAUCACCUUUGUAAAGGAAUUUUUUAA